CGCCUGCGCAGCUGCUCGGCUUCCGGGUGGCUGGAGCGCGAAGAGGCGGAGGGCCAGUGUUGCAGGGUAGCGGCUUAGAGUGGGCGUGUUUGCCUAGAGCUCCGACCAGGGGGCGGGGGUCCGGGGUCUUUAGAAGCUAGAGACAGCGGGCGGAGAGGGCCUGGGAUUUCCGCCACCGCCACCUGGCAUGUCGGCCGAGGCCUCGGGCCCGGCGGCAGCCGAGGCCCCAUCUCUAGAAGUCCCUAAGCCCUCGGGUCUGGAGCCUGGCUCCGCCGCUUACGGUUUGAAGCCCCUGACCCCGAACAGCAAGUACGUGAAACUGAACGUGGGUGGCUCGCUGCACUACACCACGCUGCGCACCCUCACGGGACAGGACACCAUGCUCAAGGCCAUGUUCAGCGGCCGCGUGGAGGUGCUCACAGACGCCGGAGGUUGGGUGUUGAUUGACCGGAGCGGCCGCCACUUUGGUACCAUCCUCAACUACCUGCGGGAUGGGUCUGUGCCACUUCCUGAGAGUACCAGAGAACUGGGAGAGUUACUAGGAGAAGCCCGCUACUACCUGGUACAAGGCCUGAUUGAGGACUGCCAGCUGGCACUACAGCAAAAAAGGGAGAACCUGUGCCCGCUGUGCCUCAUCCCCACGGUGACAUCUCCCCGGGAGGAGCAGCAGCUCCUGGCCAGCACCUCUAAGCCCGUGGUGAAGCUCCUGCACAACCGCAGUAACAACAAGUACUCCUAUACCAGCACUUCAGAUGACAACCUACUUAAGAACAUCGAACUAUUUGACAAAUUGGCCCUGCGCUUCCACGGGCGACUGCUCUUCCUCAAGGAUGUCCUGGGGGAUGAGAUCUGCUGCUGGUCUUUCUACGGGCAGGGUCGCAAAAUCGCCGAGGUGUGUUGCACCUCCAUUGUCUAUGCCACGGAGAAGAAGCAAACCAAGGUGGAAUUCCCAGAGGCCCGGAUCUUCGAGGAGACCCUGAAUAUCCUCAUCUAUGAGACUCCACGGGACCCAGACCCAGCCCUCCUUGAGGCCACAGGGGGUGCAUCUGGAGGUGGUGGGGCCGGCCGAGGGGAAGAUGAAGAGAACCGGGAGCACCGUGUCCGCAGGAUCCACGUCAGGCGCCACAUCACCCACGAUGAGCGUCCUCAUGGCCAACAGAUUGUUUUCAAGGACUGACUUUUGACCCUUCCCCUGGCAUUUGACCCUUGCCCUUCCUUCCUCCUGGGAACCAUCCAUACCUCUUGUUUUUCUCCCAUCCCCAGACCUUUGCCCCGGCUCUGCUGGCCAAGUCGUGGGUCUUCUGUCCCUUCGUUGCAUGGUACAGUUCACUUGUGCCAUUUUCCGUUCAUGUUCACUCACUGCUAACAGUUGUACAUUCCAGCCCUUCCCCUCAGGCAGAGCCCUUCAGAAGGCCCCUCCUCCCCAUUCUUGUCCUGCGAUCUUUCCUUCGCCAGAUGGUUUAGAAGGACUUAGAAUCCCCUUUUUCUUUUUUUAGUACAGUGUACACACCUAAGUGUUGAGCCAUUCCUUAGCAACAUCCGCCAUGUUCUGAGCCACCUCCCACCAUUGUGCAAGGUACUCUGCUUCCCUCCCUCCCUCCCUCCCUCCCCACCAUUUUCCCUACCUCCUUAACUUUGUACUAGGCUGGCCUGGGCUGUUGCCAGCUUGGCUAUCUUCUUGAUCUGUUUCAUAUUAUUUAUUAUUUUAAUUUUAUAUUAAAUUAUUGGAAUAAAGUUGAGUUGAAAGCCUG